UUUGACGAAUACACACAUGCAGUCAGGAAAUUAGGCUGAAUGAUAAUUCAUUAUUGUUAGCCAUUCUUCGAUUACAAUUAUGUUUAUAAAGAGGAUACAUACUUGAUAAGAAUUUCGGAUUUACCUCUUGAUCUAAUUAAAGAUGGUCCGAGAUGGAACAGGAGAAAAAGGGUUGAUACACAUAAAAUAACCAGACACUUGUGACAUGUCCAAAAUGGCCGCAUUUCGAUGGGCACUAUGGUCCAUAUAUACUUCAAUGUGGUUUUUGAUCUCUUCUGCAAUGUUUACUACAGAAAACCUUAAACCAAACUCCCCCAACGUGUGCACAAAUACUAGUCUUACCUUCACGUGUAACGACCCUGGCAACCCCAACGCAUCGCAGCUCCUCAUGUACAAUGUAAACGAUCUUAUGAUUCCCGAAUCCGAGCUCUCUCGCGGAGAAAGUGAUGUCAACUUCACAAUUCCAAAUAUAUCGACAGCAGAUUACAAUGCCAAUGUGCUCUGCGGGUACUUCCAUGGAAAUGUAGAAGAUUAUGAUGUCAAGGGACUGACUUUAAUAAUUGUUUAUAGUUAUCCUGUAGACCUUGAAGAAAUUCACUGCGAAGCAUAUGACUAUGAUGAAGCUAUGACGUGCACCUGGAAAUGGGGACAGGAAUACUUUGGCAAGAACACUCCAGAAGUCACAUGCCAAUUUCGAUCCCCAAGUCUCUCAGCCUCAUGGACAAAAUGUAAUGCUACAAAAAGUUACGAAGGAGUUGUUCUAAAUAUAAGCAGCACAAGGCAAGGGGACUUCAGUAUGAAGAAAAUGGAAUUCAACAUGACCCUCAAGUCACAGUGUGGAAUUACUACUUCCAAAGUGUUUCCCGUUGAUACAAGCAAUAUUGUACGACCAGCACCACCAUAUGACCUCAAAACUAACGUGCAGAACAGUACCUGCAUUGAAUUUGUCUGGAGACAAAGAUCGGCAAACCAUGACAAGACACAUCGUCUUACUGUUACAAGCAAAUGGAAUGAUACACAGGUGAAAGAAUUCAAUAUAACUCAUAGUCGGAUUAGUAACGCACAAGUUUUGAUCAACUAUACAAUAUGUGACCUUCAUCCGUCAACAACCUACACAGGCAGCAUUGAAAUGCUGCCAAUUUCUGGGGGAUUCUGGAGUGAAGAGUCGCAAGUCAAAGGCACAACAAUGGAAGACAGUCCCUCUGCCAGCCCUGAGGUCAUUGGGUACACUUGGGAUCUGCUGGAAUGUGAAAAGGGUGAACACAGGAAUGUCAGAGUUUUUUGGAAGCCCGUACCAGAAAUAGACAAAAACGGGGAGAUUAUAUACUACAAUGUAACUCUAUGGCCCGAAAAGAAAGCUGAAAUUCUGAACGAAGACGGUAUCGCAUCGAAUUUCUUUUCAGUGAAUUUACCUAACGUUUUGUGUGAUAUGUCGUACAGAGUAACUGUAGAGGCCUAUACAAGAAUUGGAGGUUCCCCGCACAAUCAUUCCUUCGUUGUGCUUCGUCACUCAACUGUUGAGCGACCUCAUUUCAUGGUAGAGUCUAUCACAAGCAACUCAUCAGAUACAGGAACAAAUGUGACAGUAGAUAUUGAGAUACUUGGAGUUGACGUGGAGGAAAUGACAAAGAGUGCGGCUCAUUACAUGAUUUGCUGGUGUGAAAAAGAUCGUGGGAGCUGCAAGCGAAUGUCAGUCUUACACUGUGUUCGGUCACAAACAAAGACAACCUCACUGGAGCUAGCUGAUCCAGGAAAUAAAAUGUACGCCGUUUCCAUGGUAACAGAGUCUGGUGAUACAAGCUCACUGGCCCUAGAAAGCUGUAUCUACCCAAAAAAUAUUGAUCCAACUGUGUCGCCGAAUAGCGUGAAAGCAAGCCCCGGGUCAGAAGACAACACCAUCAAUGUUAUAUGGGACAAGCUCACUUGCCAGUCUUGGCAGCCGUUUAUCGCUACUUACGUGGUGCAGUAUUGUAUAGUGCCAAGGGAGGGCAUCAAUGAUUGCAAGAGUCCAGUAGACAGAGUGGAGGUUCCUGAGAGUGAUUUUAGCUACAUGUUGACAGACCUGAAGGAGGAUGAAGUAUAUCGUUUUGUUGUUCAGGGAAAGACAAGAGACGGAAAAUACACCCCAGACAGUGAGCCAGCAUUUGCCAAGGCUGUAAAUAAAGCUUUGAAACCAGGUGAAAUUACUGGGAUUGUCUUUGGCUGUGUAUUUUUUCUGGCCUUUGCCAUUGCCGGAUUUGUAUUUGUUGCCAGACACUGUAACCACCGACGCAAAGAAUUCUUGAAGAGUAAGAAAGAGAUCACAGAUAUUGCCGUCUCACCGCAAAAUGAUAUAACAUGCGAUCACUACACAAACUUUUCAGAUUCCUCAAAUGUAAUCCCAGACGAGAAUCAUGCACUGGACAACGGAAUGGACAAUGACGGCUAUCUCGUUCCUUCAGACAUGAAAAAUUCCUUCAAUGAAGAGCUUGGAAAGAGACUUGAGAGGCAAGAGAGCAAGGACAGCGGAGUUCCAAUGUCUCCAGAUGGGAACAACAGUCUUCCCAUAGAUUACAGUCGGGCUAGAAGACCUGGAAGUGGUUCCUCCACACCUCCAGUUGUCAAUGACUUAAUUGUUAAUCGGGUACAGUUACAUAAUGUGUCACCAAAUGUGUUUCCCAAUGAAAAGAAAUUGCACAUGCCUUAUGAGAAGAAAGAUGGUGUACAGGAUAAGAUACGCAAUCAAAAGACAACUGAAGCUCCGAUUGCACUGGACUACUCAAAGGCUACCGUUAAAGUGGAUGGCAUUGCUAAUUCUGGUUAUGUUGAUAACACCUUACCAAAAUGUCUGAGUGAUAGCGAUGACGGCGCUGACAAAACUGGUAGAGCAAGAGUUGGUGAUGAGACACUGAGAAAGGAGGUAGAUAAUGGAAAUGUGGAUCCACCGAAGGACUCAGGAUUUACUGAGAAGUCUUUCAGAAAUCUGAGUGCUAUAGGGAACCAGCGUAUAUCUUUUUGCUCGGACGAUAGCCUUGAUGACUAUAAAAAGGCUACAAUAUCUGAGGAAGGGUCUCAGAGUUCAAUGAGAUCACUUCAAAGCAAAAACACAAGCAAGCUUAGAUUGGCCAUUGACCAAAAAGCUCCGAUUUGUAACAAUGACUAUGUUCCAACUACUGAAAAUCCCAAAGUAUCUCAAACAGAACAGGACUCAUUAUCUUCAAGCCACCUUGUUUCACUGCAAAGCUCAUCUUUAGAUGCUUCCGAUGAAAAGAUUGAACAAAUUCAUGCUAAUAUCCUCUUACAAGAAAACAUACCCAUCAGCAAUAUCCCUGUUCCAACCAAUUUUGAUGCCAGUAAUUCUUCAAACUCAGGGCUAUCUAUUAAUAAAGAAAACAGUGACUCUUUUUCUCAACCUUUGCAAGGGUCAUCUGGUCAAGAACAGGUAGCUGACUAUAUUUUCCUUGCAGACCAAACACCACAAGGUCAAGGUCUGAUUGAAGAUAUUGUUGAACCUAUUGAACUUGAUGAUUUAGGUCAAAGUCAAGAUAAUGAUCAAGUGAUUACAGGAUUCAAUUUGGGGCAAGACUACAUUCAAGCCCAAUCUAAUGUAGGCCAAGGUCAAUCAAAUCAAGCAUAUGUUCAAGCUCCGGCUGAUCAAGGUCAAGAUUAUAUUCAAAACCUACCAUAUGUUGAUACUCAGGCCAAUCUAGGUCAAGAUCAAGGUCAAGAUUAUAAUUUAAACCCACCAAAUAGCUAUGUCCAAACUCCAGCUAAUCAGGGUCAAAAUCAAGGUCAAGAUUAUAUUCAAACCCCACCAUAUGUAAAAGCUCCAGCUGAUCUGGUUCACACUGAAGAUUAUAUUAAAAAACAAGCAUAUAAUCAAGCCCAGGCAAAUCAGGGUCAAGGUGAAGAUUAUAAUACAAAUAAACCAGGUCAAAGGUCAAGGCAAUCUUCUGGUGCUAGUGAUAGCCUGAAGUCAGAUUCAGGAGUGAGUAGUACAGAAGAAUCAUGUAAUAGCCCUGAGUCUGAACCAUCUCAGAAUUUUCGGGGCGGGUAUGUUUCUGAAAACAGUUUUCAAGCAAAGAAACCGAUAAUGAAAACAAGUACAGAUGAAUUUAAUGGGUAUGUGCAGAAUUGUAAUCCCUGAAAAUUGUGUUUAAUUGUCAUAAUGUCAAACUACCCAGAUACAAAUAUUAAGCCAAUGGUGAGAUAUAUUAGUGACACGAUAACCCUGGACAAUCAAUUGCACCGGGACUUUGAUUAAUAUAGUUUUUCGUUAAACAAAUUGGGUCAUUAUCAAGGGCAGCCACACCUCUAUAAAUGUUAUAAGUGUCUUAUCAAAUAGUAUGGCAUUUACAAUUUAUCAACAUAACUUGAAUUAUUCGGGUAUUUGUCAGAGGGUUGAAAUGUAAUUGGUGGGUAUGUGCCAAAAGUUAAUUGUUGGCUUUGCAGUAAUUUAGAACAUAAAUGUGCAUCUAUGGUGGAGAGAAAUCGUUCUCUUUUCUAUUUUAGUAUUAAGAGUAAUUUUAGCUCCCCUGUUUUUGUUUUCAUCAUUGGUGGUGUUGUCUAACAGAAGCUUUAAACUUGGCCAUUGCUUGAAAACUGUUUAAGAUAUUGAAAACAAACAUAAGACAUGAGACAGUAUGCCCAUGUACUGAAAGGCCCAUAAAUCUUGCUUUAAUAAUUGUUGAGUUAUGCCCCUUGUUUGACUGUAAAAACACAGUCUGCUCUGCAGCGCUCUUGUUAAAGGUUGACGAGCAAAAUAUAAAGCCCUUUUAUUAAUAUGUUCACUUUUAACUUACAUGUUAUGUUAAAGUAAUGCGUGCAACAUUUUAAUGCAACCGGUUAUACAGUUGAACCCCAUUGGCUCGAACUCACUUGGCUCAAAUACCUGUUCAGCUCGAACUGAAUGUUAAGGACCGAUUUCGUUAAACUGAACGAAGUGAUCCCUGCUUGGCUCAAAGUAUGAAUGGCGGUCCUUCGAAGAUCAAGCCAUAGGGGUUUGACUGUAGUUGUUUAUGAAGCAAUAUCAUAUUAUUUGUGAUAAUGCAUUAGAAUGGUCUUUAACUAUACAAUUAUCAUUAUUUUACAUAACUUUUAUAUGAGGUAGGUUUUAACUGUAAAGUCUAAAUAUAUUUAGAGAGUGCUAUUGUUUGGUUUUAAUGCUUACUUUAAAAUGGAUUAUAGAUUGUAUAAAUGCUCUUGUUUACAUAUUGUUGAAUUUGAUAACUGUGUAUAUUCUAUUGUUUAACUUUUAUAAAACAUUGCUACUGUGAUUUUUGAAAGAUUUUAAAAAUACUUUUAAAAGGUCAUUUCUGUAUUUUUUAUUGCAUAUUUUUGUAUUAAUUUUUAUUACCAUUUUACAAUAUGGGACCAAAGUUUUACAAAUGAUAUUUCUUUAAAGAAUAUUUUACCGUGUCAACUCUCUUGUAAUUUUUCAUAUUUCGCAAAUAUGUAUUAUUAAAACUGUUUUUACAAGAAAAAGAUGAACUUUUCUUUUCAAACUUUAGUUUUAAGCAAUAACUAAGAGUUCUGCCCAUAUACACCCUCAGGUUAGAAUCCAUAGAGUCUGUAAUUCUGUCUCAUACACGUAUCUGGAUAUUAUUUUCAGUGGUCCGGUGUUAAGCGCGGCAUUACUUUCAACAUAAUUCUCAACAUCAAUUUUGCUUUAGGUAAAUUUUCGUAAAUAAACUUGUAUAUUGUAUAUAAGAUAUUUACAUGUGGUACCUGUUUUACAUUAAAUGAUUCAAAAGGUAUCAAGUAUCUUUACUAUUAUGAGUCAUUUGUUAUAAUAUUUUUAAUUAUGCAUAACAAAUAUUGAAUGAAAACAUGUUUUUCCCAUAUAGUGUGUAAAAGUUAAUAUUCUAUUGCAAUGUUUUCAUUUGAAAGUAUUUUUAUAUACUUUUAUUCAGAAAUCUUUUAUUAAUGAAAAAAAAAAAGAUAAAAAAAAAGUAUAUAAGUGCUAUUUGUUUAUGAUUUUAUCAAAUGUUUUUAUCAAACUGUUAUAUUUACUUUUUUGUACAUAGUAUCAUUUCAAUUGAUUAGUUGUCAUUAUUUUGUAUAUGUUUUGUAUAUUUUCCAUUCAGCAUUAUUCAAGCUAUCCUAAAAUCAUUCCCUCUCGUUUCAAUUAAAAGGGACUAGCUCACAAUUAUUUAUUUUGUUACAUCUUUAAACCUUUUUGAACUUUGUAAAUCCAAGUAUAGAGUCAUUGAGUUUUCUAUAGUAUUUUUUUUUGCAAAAAAAGAGCAUUUUCUGUAACAUUUUCAAGUUAUUGUUAACAGAUAAGCUCUUAUUUAAAGCUGCACUCUCACAGAUUUACCUUUUUACGACUUUUUUAUUGUUUGUCUUGGAAAGGGCAAAUUUUUGAGUAGAUAUCUGUAAACUAAUGAUAUAAGAUUGCGGACAAAAAAAUCAGAUUGUAGAUUUUCAUAUUUCCGUUUUAAAAUUAAUGUUUUAUGGUUUAAACUGUUAAUAACGGAUUAAGAAAAUUGCAUAAAACAUUAAAAAAAAAAAAUCUUAUCUAUAAAAAUCUGUGAUUUAAUUUUUUUUCAGCAGUCUUAUAUAACUGGUUUACAUGGAAUUUUGCAAAAAAUGGCUCGUUCCAAGACAAAAAAUAAAAAAGUUGUCAAAACGUUCAAUCUGUGAGAGUGCAGCUUUAAACUUAACAGAUUUUUUUUAUCAUUGUGACAAGAUUUUUGUUUACAUUUCACAUGAAAUUAUUUUUGAAUAUCCAACUCUUUAGAAUAUGAACAUGUUCCUUUAAAAUAUAUAAACAAAUUUUUUUUAACACAUUUAAAAAAUUAAUUCUUCAGUACCAUAAAGUGUAUAUACAUGUAUAUCUAUUUUUGUAUUUUUUAAAACCAUUAAUAAAUAUUCAUCAAUCACAUAAAGUGUCUUUAUAAAAGUGCCAUAGUAUAAUACAUCAUUAUCAUACAUUUUAAAAAAAUAAGCAACAUAUAAAAUUCAUCUCUGCUGAAUGCUUUUGGUGCAAAUGCUAUUUACUUAUAAAUUAUACAUGAAUAAUGUGCCUUUGAAUUUAAACAUGAUUGUGUACAAAAUUUAGGUUCAUAUUCUGUUUUGAUAGUGUGUUUUUUCUAUUAUAUUCAGAUUUUUCUGAUUGUGUAACAGUUACAUAUACAGUCGAAACUCAAUGUGUCAAACUCUUUUAUCUUGAAGUGCUGGUUAUGUCAAAGUUUUUUCGACUUUUCUUCGGUUAAUUUUUCACUUUAUAUAUUUUGGUUAUUUCAAAUGGUCAUUAUUUCAAAGUAUUUCCUGAGGCUUCAAUGACUUUGACAUAGCAAGAUUUGACUGUAUAUAUUAUACUAGAUUUAACUGUAUAUAUUAAACUAUGUACAUUUAUGCUAAAAAUAAAAUGUGUUGGAUUGAAGUAGGAAAUAGGUGUUUAUAUAAAAAAAUAACAUAAUGAGGUUACAUUUAAAUCAAUUCACACUUAAAUACACUUUUUCAAUGAAAUUACUUGAUUUUUAAACUGUCUCAGAAGGUUUCAUCUGCAAUAUAUUUAAUUGUAUUUGAAAAUGUACAUUGUACAGGCAUUAGCAAAUCUACCAGAAUAUACACAUGUACCUUUAAACUCUAAUAUCUACUUUGAACUAGUCUAUUAUGUUUCGAAUACUUGGCAUUCAUAUUGUAUGGAAAACAUGGGUUUAUGAGAUCCUUGUUUACAUGAGAAUUGUCUUCAAACAGGAUUAACCCACUGUUUUUAAAGCUGCACUCUCACAGAUGUGUGUUUUGACAACUUUUUUAAUUUUUUUGUCAUGGAACAAGCCAGUUUUUGCGAAAACCCAUGGAAACCAGUUAUAUAAGACUGCUGACAAAAAUUUAGAUCACAUAUUUUUAUAAUCAGGUUUAUAAAUGAUGUUUUAUGCGUUUUUCUUAAACCCUGUUAGUAACGGUUUAAGCCAUAAAACAUCAAUUUUCAAAUGGAAAUAUGGAAAUCUACGAUCUGAUAUUUUGUCAGCAAUUUUAUAUGAUUGGUUUGCAAAUAUUUACUCAAAAAUUCGCGCUUUCCAAGACAAAAAAAUAAAAAUGUUGUAAAAAUGGUAUAUCUGUGAGAGUGCAGCUUUAACAAAAGGUAUAUGACAUAAAAAAAAAAAUUAUUUUAUUUAUUAAAAACAGCUAUUUGUUUAUACUAACAUAAUGGUUGACAACAAUUCUUUUACAAAGAUGUUCUAAUAUGUGAAAAUUGUCAAUCCUGAAAAAAAUAGCUUGAGUUCUGUUUGAUAAUGAAGGAUUCAUGUCUAAGUUAUGGUAAAGAGAUUUCGACCCCUUUUGUAAUUGUUUUCAAAGUCAUUUAUAUUCAUUUUAUGGUAUUUUCGACUGUUUUUGAUGCAAAUGUCUGAGAGAAAAAACAACAUUUUUUACAGCUGUAAAAUAGUCUGAUGAUAAAAGCUCUUAAUUCUGAUUUUAGAAUUAAUCCUGAACUUUAGAAACCCUGCUAAUAAUAAGAAAAUGGUAAAAUGUAAAUUAUUACACCAUAUAUAAUUUAAGUAAAAAAAAUAUAGUAAUACUACUUAUUUUUUCAUUUGGUCAUGCUGUAUUCAUGAAUGCAAGAGAAAUGCUUUAUUGAUAUUGCUCAUAUCCCUUCUGUGAUCAAAAUUGCAUGAAAACAUGAAAACUUUGAUCAAUUCUUUAAAGAUACACUUACUCUGAAACAAGAUUUACCAUGAUUAAUACAACUGUUUAAAUAUGCCAAAAAGGAUGAGUAAAAAUGUCAAAAACAAUGGUUCUGAUGAAGGAUAUCGAGUUUAAUUUGCAAACGAAAGGUGCAGAAAACACAGUAUUCUACCUUAUGAGAUGAUAGUAAAUCAAGUAUAUCUUUUAGCACUCACCAACCAUUUAUUAUUGUAUCAUUUCCAGCUAUUAAAUAAAUGGUUACUCUCUUUUUAUCAGUAAACAAUAUUUUCCAUAAAUGCAUUAUUUAGUAAGUAAUUAAAGGUUUAUCACUCAAAAUGUUUGUUAUAUAUGUGUAUGUAUUUAUUUUGAAUAAAAGUGUCACUUAAAUUUAAAAAGAAAAAAACAUGUUGAGAGUGGCCAUGGAUGGUAUUCAAUAUUCAACUAAAGUUAAUCUUAUGGUCAUACAUCAUUGUCUUUAUUCACUCUAUAGGUCAGUUAAUAAUAUCCAAUAAUCGGAGUCCGCCCGGUUAGCUCAAUCGGUAGAGCGUUGGACUGUGAAUCAUACAACCCGGGUUCAAUUCCUGGGCGGACCAGGUCACUUCUGUUGUGAUUGGUUAUGAAAUGCUUUCUACGACCAUUCGCACUGUACCACUGCCCCUGGCAUGUGCAGAAGUAGUCAGUUCCUUGCAUAAGGGAAGGCACCUAGUACUGGUUCUGCCCAGGAUAGGUGUGCAAUGGUUGAACUGUCACUCUGGGACCCUUCAAUGUGCUCACGCCGGGACCCGGAGUAUAAACUACUAACACCACCACCACCAAUAAUCGGAUUAGCUACAUCGUUCUCAGAUCCAAUUAGGACCAAUGUUGAAUACCAGCCUAGUACUUUGUUUUUUCAAUAUGUAUUUUAUCAUUUGUAAGGUGGCCUUGUAUACAUGCUUUAAACAACUUAAUACCUCUUUCAGAGUCAAAAUAGUAUAUAAAAAUACAUCAUAAUAAUGAUAUCUUUAUUUCGGAUGCAUGGGUGCUAAUUUUGUUUUAUGGUAUAUCAAUAUGUCUCAAAAAGACUUUGUCUGAAAUUUGAAUUUAUUCAUCAAAAUGAAAUAUUCAUCAAGAAUGUUAUGAUUCGGUGUAUCAAUUUUUUUUUAAAACAUCCAUUAUUAUAAACUCGACCGAAAAAUAAAUUAAAAAGUAAGUGUAAGAUCGACCACAAAUGAGCUAUUUGACCAAUUUCAAUUUCAUCAUUCAUCUGUCAAAAACAUAAUUACAGAACAUAUAUUUAUGUAAUACAUUACCGUUCUAUUAAUUGCCCAGGCACCAGAAUCAUACCUGAGUACAAAGUAGGAGAUAGGUGUUAAUUAGAGACAAUUGCUUUUAACGGAGAUGAAAAUCAGUCCUCUUUACAAUACUUUUAAAGGUAAAGACAUUGCGAUUAUUAGAGGAUGGGCAAUUGAUAGAAUAAUUGCGAUAUAUCAUCACCUUGUUGCAAGAUGUCUAUAUGUGCCUUUGAAGCUGAUUAUCUUCUCGCACCAAGGUGAUAUGUUAAAAAUACUUUAGUUUAUCUGCAUCUAUGUUUGUCUUAAAAAUUUGUCUUAAAUCUUGUUACAUAUUUGUCUUAAUAUUGUUAUAUGUGAUAGAAUGUGAAUGUAUAUCUUUUAUGGGAGAAUAAAUGUUGAAAAUAA